AUAUCAACCCUUUCUCUUUGUCCACUGCCUCCAUCCAGAGGAAUAGGUCUGAGUUUGGCUCCACAACCUCAGCUGGAGUUGCAUCAUGAAGUGACUGCGUGCAGGCGUUUAUUGUGAAGGCCGGUACUCGGUGGCCGGUGUGUGUGUAUGUGUGAGUCUGUGAGUGUGUGAGAAAGCUGACAGGACGCUGGUGGGGAGCAGCUGUCUGCGCACAGAGCUCAGUGAAGUGUGUCUGCAGCAGCGACCACAACGCUGGAUUACCAUCAGACACAGGUCUGUCCAGAAGAGGGCAGAGUGAGACCGAGCGUCAACUAAUGAUGUACGUGUCUGUGUGUACUGAAGUCCCGUCACGGCCUCGAUCGGUCUGCACUGUCAAAAUCACGCCUCUGUCAACCAUGAAAGGAUCUCCUGACCUGAUUCCUGCCGCAGAUCUGGACCCCAGCAGAGUGUGCAAAGGAAAAGGAGUCGUGACCCUUCGGGCCACCCUCGUCCACAUAGACGAUGAGGACUGCAUCAGCGAAGAGCCAAACGUCAUCACAACACCAAGUGGCUGGACAAGCCAGAUUAAUGGAGACAGCUCUAAAGCAGGAUUGGCUGAGGGAGGCAGCAACAUCACAGCUGAUUUACCUCCUAUAAACAUCACUCAGUGCCAGACCAACUCGCCAGAAAGCAUCAAAGAAAAUCAGGCUCCAGCCUCCACUGACAUCCUGAACUGUUUCACACCAUCGUCCAGCUCCAUCUAUCCCUGCACUAGCACAGUUAACCCCACCAUAGUCCUGCUGCAACACAACAGAGAGCAGCAAAAGCUUCUUUCUCAUUUGGAAGACCCAACCCCAGAAAGGGAUAAAAGCCCUGUUCCGGGGAGAAACUCAGUUAGUCCAGUCCCGGACAUGGAUGGGAAGAGGCUGCGACUAUCGCUGCACUCCCCUGUCCUCAGUCCUCUCAACAAGCCCACUGCGCCUGUACGGAACACUGAAAAGUCCAAAGACUGGUACAAGACAAUGUUCAAACAAAUACACAGAAUACCUGAACCUAUUGAGGAAAACCCUUACCGCCCCACCUACAUUUUCCCUGACAACUAUGACAUUCAGAUGAAAUCAAAAGAUGACGGUCCCAACCCCUUUGGCUACUUGGAAGAUGUCAAAGGAGUACCGCGCUCAAAAAGUGACGCCGAGGUUGAUUCAAGAGGCCAGACGAUGCCGGUGCCAACACGGUCCUCUUCCCUCAAACCCUCUGCCAAAAGGAACGAGUGGGAGCCCCCGGAUAAGAAGGUAGACACCAGGAAGUACCGCGCCGAGCCCAAGAGCAUCUUUGAGUACGUGCCGGGGAAAUCAUCGGUGCUGAAGCUGGAGAGAACGACUCAGGAUGUAAGUCCGGAGGAUGUAGAUUUAGAGAAUGAGCCUUGGUAUAAAUUCUUUUCAGAGAUGGAGUUUGACAAAGCGAGUGCCCCCUCUUUCAGCCCCCUGGAAACAGCCUCCGACCUGCAGCAGUACUCCUCGAGCAAGUCUGGACACAGCGAGGUGGAGAAGGACGGAGGAUCAUCCACAAGCGAGCCUGCGGCUCCAGACUGUGACCGCCAUGUUUACAAGAGUGUCCUAGAGGGCGGCGACAUUCCCUUACAAGGUCUACGGGCCCUAAACAAGCGCCAUGGCAGCUCCUCCUCCUCUAAAGUGGAUUAUAAAGGUGGGAAUGGCUAUAUAAUUUCACCCUGCUCCUCUGUAAAUAGUCGAUCAGUUCUUGCCAGUAAUGCAAUAGGUAACCAGUGUAAAAGUAAGAAGCCUCUAUCUGCUGCCAAAGCCUGCAUACCCCAAAUCCUGCCCUCUAAGUUCAAGCCCAAGCUGCUGCCGCCCAGUGGUGACAGCCAGGAAAGCAGGACUAAACCUGUGAGGCACCCAAAGGCCCACAGCUGUGAGGAUCUGUAUACAGGGACAUGUGAUCCAGACUGUGUUGGAGCCGAGGAGAGGGAGAGUGGACAGCAUUCAGACUCCAAGUCCAGCUGGGGCACUGAGUGUGCAGACGGCCUCAGGAAUGUUUCCCCUGCAAUUAGGAGGAGCACAUCUGAGUUUUCGAGCCUGUACAGGACCAUGCAUCACAUCCAGCGGCCCAGCUCGGCUGGCUGCAGCCCCAACGGCAGCGUCCGCAGCCUGGCCUCUCUUUUUGAGAGGGCAAAGGGCGACGGUGCUGAAAGGUCAGAGGCUGAUGACGGGGGUAACAUUCCACGGGACGCCGUGUCGUCACGGGUCAGCGAGUUUGAAAUGAUCAUCCAACAAUCCAGCUCGGCGCCCAGCCGCUCCUCCUCCCUGCCCACCCUGCACUCCAGCCACAGCCACAGCCACAGCCCCGCCCACCUCUACAUGGCGUCUGCAGUGUCAGCGGAGUCCCUUUUGGUAGCUGACGCCACCCAGACGGAUGCCUGCUCCCCAAUGGAGGCAGAGGGCAGGCGCACCGGGGAGGAGACCUUGUCACCAGGCAGUGAUACUGUGGAGGAGGCCCUCUACUCCUCAGAGGACAGACACAAUGUCAGGACUGUGUCCCCCUCUGCCACUGAGGCGGAGGUCGAACAGAUCCUCAGGAACAAUUCUCCAGAACUGAUCCACCCAGCUGUCAGUGGAUCCAAGAGUCCCUUAACACUGCUCACAGCAUCCCCUCCACAACACAACCACCACCACCACCACCUCCUGCACCACCUGAACCAUCACCUCCACCUCAAACCCAGUAAAUGCAAAGGUUCCUGCCCAGCCUCCUAUACCCGCUUCACUACCAUUCUCAGGCACGAGCGGCAGCAGGCCACGGCGCAGCAGGAGAAGCCGCCACCUGCGGAGAAGAAGACCACACUGCCUGGGAACCUCUUCCUUAUGGGCCCUGCUCCCUUCAGGUUACGGAAGAACCUGCAGUCCCACCAAGCCCGGAGGACCCUGUUAGCCACCAAGGUGACAACGAGCAACCAGAGGCCCUGCAGCAUGUCCCCUGAGCUCAGACCUCUGAUCCCUCAGCGUCUGUCCUCCCUGGAGGUCCUGGAGAGGCUGAGUAACGGGGAGGGAGGCAACACUGACCACCUGAAUAACGGGCAGGGCUUCGACGCCAACGGGAACCUACUGCAGCCGCUGGCAGCUCACCGCAGAGACUCGUCCCCAGCGCAUGGGGAGAGCCAGGAUGAAGUGUUGAGGAGGCGUCAUGGAGACAAAGAGAAAAUCUUGGAGGAGCAGCGGCGGCUGAAGCGGGAACAGGAAGAGGCUGACACAGCAUCGAGGCGACACACGGGCAUUGUCCCGACACACCACCAGUUCAUCACUAACGAGCGCUUUGGAGACCUGCUCAACAUCACAGAUAACUCAGAGAAAAGGAAAUCAGGCGUAGAGAGAACUCCAGCUAUGGCACGCUUCGACUUCAGAGCAGAAACUCUAAAGGAAUUACCGUUUCAGAAGGGAGACAUCGUGUACAUCAUCCGACAGGUGGAUCAGAACUGGUACGAAGGAGAGCAUCAUGGAAGAGUUGGCAUUUUCCCUAGAAGUUAUGUUGAGCUCCUUCCCCCCACAGAGAAAGCCCAGCCAAAGAAAAGUGUCCCAGUGCAGGUGCUGGAAUAUGGAGACGCUAUUGCCCGCUUCAACUUCACCGGGGACACAGUGGUGGAAAUGUCCUUCAGAAAGGGAGAAAGGAUUACGCUGAUUCGUAGAGUUGAUGAGAACUGGUAUGAAGGCAAAAUCUCAGGCACCAACCGCCAAGGCAUCUUCCCCGUCACCUAUGUAGAAGUGAACAGACGGCCCCGUGUCAAAAACGGGUUGGAGUAUCCCGACCCUCCUGUCAGCCAGUCCCCACAGCGCAGCACCAAUGCGUCUCCUCAGCUGUACCGUAAUCGCCUGACCACCUCCCCUCUGCCCCUCCCUCGCUCCCCCCGCCGCUCUGUGUCCCCCGAGGUCCACGCCAUCUCCUCUGAGUGGAUCUCCCUGACUGUGGGAGGCGGAAGCCCUCCUGCCGCCCCCACCCCUCCCCUGCCACCGCUGCCCACAGUGUCCUACCGCUGCGGCGAGUACCUGCCCCCGCCUUACUCUGCCAGCCCCGUGCCUCCCAUCACCGGCAGCCCAUACUGCAUCUCCCCCAUGGCCUCACCAUCUGCCUCCCCUCUGCCCCCACCGUACCCACCCAGGCCCAACUCCACCACUCCCUUCCUUACGUUCACCCCACCUCAGGGGGAGGACUUCCUGCUCUCCCCUCCCUCCUCACGUCUAUCACGCAGCAUGAGCCCCUGUGGUGGGCCGGUGCUGGAGGGCUGGCUGAGGGGGGAGAAGGAGUUGACAGAGGGGGAAGGCGCAGAGGGGGACAGGGGCGGUGGCCGCGCAGCCCCGGGCAGCUGGCGAAAUAGCCCUGCAGAGCUUGUGAGGAAUGAGAUUGACCAUCAUGGACGGACCUCCAGAAGCCCUGUGAUGCUGUUUGACAUCCAGGAUAACAACAAUGUUAACUCAUUUGCGCAACCCCAGUCCCACAGCAGCAGCCCGGAGCCGAGCCGUCUCAACUGCGGAAUUUUCCAGGCUCUGUACAGUUACGUGCCGCAGAACGACGAUGAGCUGGAGCUGCAGGAGGGAGAUCUUGUCAGCGUCAUGGAGAAGUGCGAUGAUGGCUGGUUUGUUGGUACCUCAAGGAGGACAAAACAGUUUGGGACUUUCCCGGGGAAUUACGUGAAGGAGGUGAAACUGUAAAGAUAUCUAAUCUUGCUGUAACACAUGGUUGCCUGUCAAGCUUGGGAAGUCAUAACUAUCGCGCAUGGCUGUUGGUUAGAGUAGUCAUUUAGCCAGGCGAAUCCAUUUUGUCUGGGAAAGUGAUCGGUUCGGUCUGAGGUAUGUCAAACUGCACGAGGAGAAGACAGAGACGGCUGAUGGCUCACUGCCCCAAACCUCAGUAUGGUGUAUACCUUGACCACAUCUUACACACUUCUUGGCAGAAUUCGUCCGUCUCCACAAGUGGAAUUUUCUCUGUGAAAAACCUACCACAAAGUAGCUUUUAUUGUACAGAUGAUAGCUUCCAUUCUGUCCAUGUAAUUUACAGUACACAAGUGUUUACGUAGCACCUCAGUGUGGAGGGCAGCAGCAGAGCAGUGUAUGGAUCAAAGAGUGGAUCUUAUUACCUGAACUGGAUUUUGGGGGGGUCAGAAUGUAUUUUUAUGUGAUGUGAGGUUGGAGCUGUUUGUCAUGAGCUACCUUUCAGGACCAGAGGUGUUUAUCAUGAGUAGCUAGGUAUGAUGCAAACCAUACAACUUAUGAAUUGAAGACGUUUUGAUUUCCUUAGACUUCUAAAAAAAAAAAAAACCCUCAGUGUUUCGAUCAAGAAACUGUACAUGUAUGAUAUUUAAUGUGGUAAUUCAUGUUUGGACUCCUUAGUUUAAAUUCAAGAAAAUGACUUAAAUUCAAAUCCCACCAGAGUUUAAAUACUUAAAGCCUUAUGUAUUAAGGCCCUUAGGAAAAACUGGUCUGACAUACCCGUUUUUUCUUUUCUUUAAUGGAAUUUACAUUUACAUUCUUUUAAAUUACCAUAUAGUCAUUAUUGGCUACUUUUGAAAAACAUCACAGCUUUCACAACUCAAAAGCUUUCAACACCGGGUCAGUAUUGCCUUCAUUUUCUAUCCAAAGGUUGUUAUACAACAGUUAUUACACAGUCAUGUGCAUGACUAGAGAAACUAAAAUAUUGAAGUGUGCUGUUAGCUUCUCUUUUUCUCCGUCAACAUGUUAAACACAAAUGCAGGACACGUGGACUGUGUUGCACGUCUGAUAAAAGUGAAGCGAAACCGUGUAAAUAAUGCACAUCCUAUAUUUUCAGAAACUAUUUAUUUGUCCUUUUAUACCUCUUCUGUCAAAAUAGAAGUAAAUUAUGUUUGCCGGAGGCUGUCGCCUGUAAGGUAGCUGGUGGUAAACACCUCGCUCCAGCGCAACCACAGGACAGGCGUGGUAGCACUUAACUUCCUGUUUGGUCAUUUAGGGAGAUCCCAUCUAACAAGAUAAUCGAAGAGUAAUCAUUGAUGACACAAAAAGCAAUUUAAUCUUUGAAGUGAAGUGAAAGCCAACAAGGUGUCUUAGAAAAUAAUUGUGAAGAUUUUUAGAAGCAUAUUGAGAUUUUAACCAUACCCUUACUGACAGGAUUGUAUGUUCUAGCCAUGUAAAUGUGUACAGAGAACUUCAAGAGGCCUUCCAAAUAUGGCUACAUAUUUUCAUAUGUAAUGACUACAACGUUUACAACAGUUAGCAGAGCUAACCUCACAUCAUGAGGUUAGCAUUAGUACAGCAUGCACUGUAGAGUCAAUAAGAGACUGACAAAUCAAAUGAGAGCAUGAAACACUAGCCAACGCCUCAGUAUUUGCACCUUCAGCUUAUGUAAAACAGAAGUGAUGACAGGGUUAACAGUCUGGUCUUUGAGCUUCAAUAGCUCCCUGAUGGAAGACUGCUUUGAAUUCUGCUAUCAAAGCAUCAAAGCGGUCUUCCUGCGAGUACAGAGCUCCCACAUCUCCUGAACCAUCAGAUCCUGUAACAGACACCGCAUGUCAGAAUGGAUCCCCUACACGCACAGAUAGAAAGAUGAUAGCUAUUGUUUUCCUUCCUUGUGUUUUCAUCAAAUUCCUCGUCGUCAUCAACCGCUGCGAUGUGCUCAUCGAUCCUCGACAGAGCCGUCAAAUAGUACUUGCAAAUAAUUCUUAGUACUUGCUGUGGCCUGCUCAGAGCAGCAGUUUGUAGGGCAAUUGCUAAAAAAGUAUUUAAAAUUAAAUUUAGUUUGUACCAGGAGGGCUGCCGUAGUGAACUAUGUGUUACUUAAAGUAGCUGAAGUUCUUUCCCCAAUCCACACAUUUCUAAUCACAUGUUGCCAGACUAUCAGUGCACCUGCCUUUUAGUAUAACUGUUUGUGAUUGCCUGAGCGCACACAACACAAUGUGAAGUAUUGAAAGAUAAAACAGUAACAUUCACUAGAUCUAAAAAAGUGUAUGUUUAUCUUUGUGUCUUGCAUCUGAAUGUGUUAGCUACAGCCGUGCAGUGAUGAUAAACAUUGAUUGGAACAUGGUUCGAAGCUGUACCGUCUAAGUUUGGUAACGUAAAGUACAUUAAUUUGACAAAAUCUAGUAGCAAUCAGCACUUCAUCCUCCUCAACAUGAGGUGUUUCUUCCUGCCCAGAUCACCUCCGACAUCAUUAGCGAGGGACUGUUUUCUCAGCGAGAUAAAACACUAAUACAAUAUAACUGCAUUAUGAGUUUGCCUGUAUAGCACUGAUAUAAAGUUCAGGUAUUUUGUGACACCACAAAAGCAUGUUUUUCCCUCCACUGCUGGCUAAACAUUUUUGUUCCUGUGUAACUCCAGCUCCUCAUGAAUGUGCUGAUUGGUUGGGAGUCUGUUGACCUGUAGGCUUUUUUUUCCCCCUGACAGAACAACAGGAGUUCAUAGAGAGGUGUGCUCCAGCUAAAACACACUGACGAACUUUAACAAAAAAAAAAAAAACAGCACAAUCACUCAUGUAGUCAAAACACAACUCACUAUCGACUGUUUCUGUGAUAUUGUGCUCCAUAAAACAUCACAGGAUGUAUGAAUGUAUGAAUAUAUGAAUGUGGCACAGUGUACACAAUAUGUAAAAAAUGUCUGAAUUUUCAUCAUUGAAUGAACAUGCAGACUGUUGAGCAGCAUGGCACAAGAAGGAUUGUAAAUAUGUAAAAUAAAAAAAUAGACUGCAAGUGAUGAGGGUGUCAGAUUGAGCUCUCGGUCACUUGCAGCAGUUUAUUUACCUGAAGGAUUUUUUGGUAAAGCACAGAGUGGAGCGUUACAGAGCACAGGAAAGUUUGACGCAUACGAACAUUACGCUGCCAUUUGUGAGGAUCAUAAUGCCUUAUGUUAGAUGCAAAAAUUGUGCCUCAUUUUCAUUAAUUGUUUUUGAGUAUCACUGAAAUGUAUCCAUGACAUAUUUAAUGUAACCCUGGUUUUCCCAUAGUCCUAGUCUCUGUGAUGGGAGAACAUUUACUGAGAACUUGUCAGUUACUGUACAAGUACCUAAAGUGUGACACGAUGCUUCGACUUAAUAAUUAAUAAUCAUGAGAAUGAAUUAGUUUGAUGAGACACACAACCUGCAACAGGUUUGGUUUGUUUGCUUCAAUUUGCAGUGCUGUUACAUUGACAAUAUUAAAAUAAAGAUACUAUACACUGCUGUGACUUCGGUAUUAUGCAAUAUUUAAUAAACCAUUUAAACCA